AUGGCCCGUACCAAGCAGACAGCCCGCAAAUCCACCGGAGGGAAGGCUCCUAGGAAGCAGUUGGCCACCAAGGCUGCCAGGAAAAGCGCUCCUGCUACCGGUGGUGUCAAGAAACCUCACCGUUACCGCCCUGGCACGGUAGCUCUUCGGGAAAUCCGCCGCUAUCAGAAAUCCACUGAGCUGCUGAUCCGCAAACUGCCCUUUCAGCGCCUGGUCCGUGAGAUCGCCCAGGACUUCAAAACCGAUCUGCGCUUCCAGAGCUCUGCUGUCAUGGCCCUUCAAGAGGCUAGCGAGGCUUACCUGGUUGGGCUCUUCGAGGAUACCAACCUGUGUGCCAUCCAUGCCAAGAGAGUGACCAUCAUGCCCAAAGAUAUCCAGUUGGCUCGCAGGAUCAGAGGAGAACGCGCUUAA